UGAGCCUGACAGGAGGGCCAGAAUCACGCUGGUAAUCCUCCCCAGCGCCAAGGGGAUGCCGUUACCUGAGGCCGAAGGCUUCCUCGUGCUGCCAUAUUAGCGUCCCUCAAAGCGUUACUUAAAAGUUCUAUCAAGGAGAAAUGCGCCAAAUGCCAGAGAGGCUGUCAGCUGAAUCUGAAAUGCUGGGAAGAAAGGAAAAGGAAAUUCAGGGAAGAAAGAUUGUGGGAGCUGAUCUGAGAACAGGCUCUGGCACCGCCCCCCCACUCACACUCCUGCCCUCCCAGUACCAGGUUUCCCCGCCCACUCCUCCAGAGGACAGGCAAAAGGAGACUGGGAGGAAGGGAGAGGACAGGGGAGAAACUGUAGCACAAAGAGGGCUAAUAUUUCACUCCAGCUCUGAGAAGGAGACAGGAGGGGGGGAGGGAGGGGAGGGGAGAGAGAAAGGUGGGACUGCAACCUAUGGAUUUAUUUUUUUUUUUUUUGUGGACCGACUAUCCUGUAACUGUGUAAAGUCUGAACAGAAAUAACAGCCACAAGCCUGUCAGACAGCGAGAGAGAAAGGAACAGAUGCACAGAGAGCCACAAGUUUAUAUAUGCAACGGGCAAUGAGGAAGCAGCGGUCUCUGCUGUGUGAAUGAAUCGCGAAGCAGGGCGAGCAUCUCAUAGAUGCGCACGGACACACGGCCGGCACGCUGCACGUGCACGUGUGUGCGCGCACGCCUUCGCCUCACGCAUGGACGACACUGGAUUAUGUGAGAACUGAUUCAGAAACUGUGGAUUGUAGAGUGCAGAUUGAGAUCAGCUCAGAACCAGUAAACAGAAAUACGGUGGAGAGGAUUACAAACGUGGAAUGAGCCAUGCUCUGAGCGUGAGGCAUACAUGUGGGAUAUGUCAGGUGUUAAGGGUGAGGAGAUGUUGUGUAACUGCUUCAAAAUACACCAAAAAUAAAGACACUUAUUCUGGACUAUCAGGCAUGGCGGCGCUCUCUUGGGAAUCCAAUUGGGACGGACCGAAUCGCUCCACUUGGGUGGAAGGGAGUGGGAACCUCACUCCUCCCAUAUUUCCAGACUUCAACCUAAGCAGCACCUAUGGAGGCGGGUCCUUUUUCUGGAUUGUCCAAGAAAAUGCCUCAGUUACUGCUGGACCCACAUCACACGCUGCCCCGGCACCCAGAGUGCGAGACAUGGUGCUGGCCCGGGCCGAGAUCAUGGUUCUGGGGCUCAUCCUAGCCCUGACGGCCUUGGGAAACGGGUUUGUGCUGUGGGUGCUCCUGAGGAGGAGGAAACACCAUGCGCCCAUGCACCUGUUCAUGGUCAACCUCUGCGUGGCUGACCUGGUGGUGGCCUUAUUCCAGGUGCUGCCUCAGUUGCUUUGGGACAUAACGGAGCGGUUCCAAGGUCCCGAUGCCCUGUGCCGCUCUGUGAAGUACCUGCAAAUUGUGGGCAUGUUUGCAUCCUCCUACAUGAUUGUGGCCAUGACCGUUGAUCGGCACUACGCUAUCUGCUGCCCCCUGCAGGCCUACCGUGGUGGGGUAACGUCUCGUUGGAACACCCCCGUCAUGGUGGCUUGGGGGCUAGCACUGCUGUUCAGCGUGCCUCAGGUGUUCAUCUUUUCCAUGUCAGAAGUGUCUCCUGGAGUGUUUGAGUGUUGGGGACACUUUGCAGAGUCCUGGGGACUAAAGGCCUACGUCACCUGGGUGACUGUGGCUGUCUUUGUCCUGCCUGCAUUCAUCAUAACCAUCUGUCAGGUGCGGAUAUUCAGAGAGAUCCAUGACAACAUCUACCUUAAGUCAGAGAGAACGAUGACCGUGGAGUAUAGGCGAAGCUCUGUCCUCUUCCAUGUCCGGAAGCUUCAGCAGGGUGGAAAGAACAAUAGGAGGGGCAGAGUGGGUCGAAGCUUGCGCUCCUUACAGAAGAACAACAAUUCCCCGUGCUCUUGUUGCAAUGUGGCAAUGGAGAGUCUCUCCAACCAACCCCUACCGCCGCAGGGGCUUCCAAACUCUUGUGACGAGACGUCUUCUUUCAACAACCUUCCUUGGAGGCCCUCGGAUCACUGCCCUUCAAGCCAUGACCACAGUUCUCCUUGUCCCGUGUUUAUGACCUCGGACGAUGAUCCCAGUACCCACCAGAACCACAUCUCACAUCCAGACUCCACCCCACAUAACAGCUCCUCACACCCCACCAAUUCCCAUGAAAUCCAUACUGCAUCCAACACCCUAUCAAUGACAAACCCGUCCACGCACUCGCCUCUCCCACCGGCCCUGCCCCCCCCUGGAGUAUCGAAGGCCAUGUCCAAGACGGUCCGAAUGACACUGGUGAUCGUGCUGGUCUACACAAUCUGCUGGUCCCCGUUCUUCAUUGUGCAGUUGUGGGCUGCUUGGGACCCCAACCCGCCAGACCAAGGUGUGGCCUUCACCAUCCUGAUGCUGCUGGCCAGCCUCAACUCGUGCACCAACCCCUGGAUCUACACAGCCUUCUCCAGCAGUGUGUCCCGCGAGCUUCUGGCCCUCCUGCGCUGCCGUCCCCCCGGUGGAUCCCGGAAGACCUCACUGCCUGACGACUCGACCGCUACACACAUGUCCACGACCGCGGCCAAGGACAGUGUGUACUGAAGCGCGGGAGGGGGCUGAACAAACAGAUUUCUGAUGUGCGAAGGUGCUAAAGAACAAAUAAUAUAUAACCAGAGAAUAUAGCUCAUGGGGGGUGUCUUCCUGCUAUUUUAGCAACAGCAGAGUUUUGACGAUACAUCCAUCUUCCCACCACUUAUCCUGCUCAGGGUCACAUGCGAGCCUGGAGCCAAUCCUAGGAAGCACAGAGUAGGAUGCAAGUCCAUUGCAGGACACAGACAUAUAUAUACACACACACUGCAGGCAAUGUAGAGACACAAAUUAGCUGGGUCGCCUGUCUGUGGACUGCAGGAGGAAACCCGCAGGGAGAACAUGCAACCCCCCCCCCCCCCACACACACACACACACAAACACAGAGCAAAGGUAGGCUUUGAACACCCAAUCCUGAAGGGGUGAAGUAAGAGUGCCACCCACUGAUACAGUGUGACUCCAUGCAAACACAGAAUCUCAGCUAAAACAACACCUGAACUACCCAGAAUCACAUUGUCAAUGGACAUUGAAAGUUCUUAGAUCUUACCAACAAAUUUGAGAAUACGUCCAUGAUCACUUCAAACCAGUCUGAAGAAUCAUGUUCCAGCCUGUUCAGUCAGACAAUUUUAAUCGACAACACAAAAUUUACAAAAAAAAUUAAAAUGGUUUGUUGUUUAAAAGUUUUACCUCAGUCUUGCCCAAAACUAUAAUGCACAAAACAAAGUGACAAACAAAACAGGAAGUCCAUUAGGUCUAUCAAUAACUGACUAUACAAGAGUCAGUGAGCGUGAUCACUAAGGGUGCAAACGAAAUUGCAUACUUACACAGCACAUACCAAAUUUCAUUAGAAGUCUACUACUUGACUGUUAAUAUAGUGCAUACUGUAGGCCUACGUAUGUGUGACAACAGUAUGCAUGAACUCAGGUAUGGGGUGGUCACCAUCUUGCAUAUUACCUGACCUGGAUAUUUACCAAUAACCUGGCUUGACCCUCACGAAAGUUAAAAACUAAAUUUGUAGAGUUGGCACUUCCUCCAUCAUCUUGACAAAAAUUUCUGAGCAAGCGAUGUUCUUUGCUGCUCCUGAGGCCUUGUGAGAUAGCAUAGCAUCAAUUGCACAUUUCCGAGUCUCACAGAAUGUAUUAUGUCAUCCGGGUUCGGUUUACCUACUGUUUCAUGCAUACUGCGGAUCAGGACAUACUAAAUUUUGCCUGCCUGCAUAGCAAACAAGUAUGCAAUUUCAGACGCGUUAAUGAUCUGUUCCGGAUAAUUACCUUGGAGGUAAAACCAAAACACACAAAACGCUAUCACGUUAUUCAAUAACAAAGAAGGAAGAUUUCAAUGACGUCUUAAUCUAACACAAUAUGCCAUGUGGUCUAAUACCUUCACGACAAAAAGCAGAAACGGGAUCCUGCUAGCUAUACCUGCAGAAAGUGACCGCUACCAAAGAUACGAUUUUAGGUCAACAAAACAUCCAGGGGGAAUUUCACAUUCAGAAUACUUAUUCAUAAAUUACAGGCCCAUCUCUAAAUCCUCUGGAUAGUGUAGCAGUAAAACUCUUUUCGCCAGUGUUACAACGGCCAACAUAAUUUAUGUAUUUCUUUUUUAAGCCACUUUAGGGGUUAAUACGUCAAAGCCUGCAUUUCAUUCCAAGUUAACCUUGGGGGUAAAACUUGUAAGAAGAGUAUUAUAAUAACAUUACAAACGAAGGUAUGACGUAAUUUUUAAAGUGCUGUAUAUCUACGCUACUGCAAAAGCAUAUAGUCACAGACUCAAUGCCAAUUCAUCCAACGAUAUAAAUUCUUAAAAGCCAGUCUGCUUGUCCUUCAAGUAUUUUCCAGUCUUGGUUUUCAUAUUUUCCUCCAGCUGCUUCUUCUCCUUUCAAAUAUAGCCAUUUACCUGAUUCCUCAGUAAUCGUCUUUAAAUGGUCUGAAAGCCAAGGAUCUGCUUUCACCGUUUUUCAGUACAAAAGAGAUAUGUUUUAUUAUAUAAUUUUAUUAUAUAAGACAGUAAUCGACCAUCCUUGUUAUAGGAUAGUAGUUCUCACAAAUGUUGGCAAAAUUUGAUAACGAUUAUCAUUGAUGCUACAUUAAUAUCUGUCGGUUAAAUUUUAUAAAUAGAAUAUUUACGUUCAAAUGUCUACAGAUAUAAAUCAUAUAUGUACAAUAUCAAAAAUUAUUGUAAUAAAUGUUUAUUUAAAAA